AUGGUUCCGACCAUCAGCGCCAGCCCCGCCACACCUCCUCCUUCGACCUUAACUUCCUCUUCAACCACUCCUUCCCUUUCUCGCUGGUCGUCUCUUUCUUCUCGAGCUAUUAGGAGCGCAGACAAUGACGACCCACUGCGCGAUCUCCUUUCCCGUUUUGCUUCGGGUCUGGAGCAGUUUUACGAUUCCUUGUUACAACUUCAUCUCCAUGCUUCCAAUGUGCUGCAUUCCAAAACUCGAUCCUCCAUCUUCUCACUUGCCAUCCGUUGCCUGGUUUUUCAGACGAUCGUCAACCUGAUUGCUUCGCGUCUUCGACAAAACAUUUGUACCGCAUACAACCAGCUGUUUUUCCCAACCGUUCUCUUGUUUCGAUACCUAUAUCCAAAACCUUGGGAUGCUUUGUUCAUGGAUACAGUGCGAGCACUUAAAUGUGAGAUGCGUGCAGAUCUUGUAGCCCGUCCUGAACCUCGAUACUUUGUUGAGCUACGAUCUUAUAUUCGGAGGACAUUUAAGGUCUAUGCUAUCACAGCUGUUGUUCACUGGUUGUUGAAUCGAGAUGGGGCUUUUAAAUGGCCAAGUCAAGGAUUGGCAUUAUUGGCUGGACAACAAUACCUUCAACAUCAAGGAGCGAAGCAUUCAAUGGCCAAGAUUUUCUUUGUGGCCGCCUUUAUUGGUCCAAAUUGGACCAUCUGGCUCAUACAGAUCUGGAUCCAGCAACAGUUAUUCCUUUACGAGUUGUUGCAACCGUAUUUAGUUCGUGUCCAAUUCAAAGAGUGGGAGGAGCGAGCCUGGUGGAAGGAGCAUGAGAUGGAAUUACAAGGAUUUGCGUUUGGUGUUUGGGCACUAUGUUCUAUCCCUUAUAUUGGGGUAGCGACUCUUCCAUUAAUGUUCCCUGCGGUCGCAUUCCUAUUGUCACGGUCCUGUGGGUUGAUGGAGAAUUCGGGACAUGGAUUAUCAGGAGAUAUCAUUGAGAAACGUAACCCCGGCAUUAAGGCAGUAGCGCUUGGGAAAAGUAAAGCUGUCCAAGGAGAUUGGGAUUCUGUAAGUGUAAAAACUUAUGUCAAAAGCUCACAGUCACAGCAACAACAGCAGCAGGAAGCAUAUAGUAGCAAGCCAUUACAACAUGCAAGGAUGCUGGACAAGAAUGGACAUCAGUCUGCUUCGUUCUAUGCGCUUGAUCAAGGCAGUAGUGGUGUAGUAAGUGAGGACCAGAUCUGGGAUGAUAAGCAACUGGUACAGGCUCGGAGAAAAGAACUUUAUCGUCAACAACAGCGACACAUGGCCCAGCGUCAACAUCAACACGAAAUCUAUCAACAGAUGGCUAAUCAGCAUCAACAGGCGGCAAAUGUAAAUAUGAGCCCAACGCCAGUUUCCUUACCAGCACUGAUUCCUCGGCUACCGCAAGUUACAGCAACAACCACAUCAUCAUCGGCUUCAGGAGCAGCUUCAUCCGAAGGUCAACCUGAAGAAGUCAUUCGCGAAAGAGAUCUCACAGAGUAUAACUUUAGUGACAGGAAAAAUGAUGGUUCUGCACCUUCCGCACCACCAGCACCUAUCUUCACACCCCCACUUGUAUCAAGGGACAUGCCAACAUGGUCUAAGCAUAUGAAUAUUCAUCCUUCAGAUCACAAUCCCUAUCAUACCGAGUCAACCAUGGGUGAUUAUGCUCGGAUGGGCCCACCCUUGACAGGAUCAUCUGUCUUACAGUCCCCUGAGAGUAAUUGGCAAUCGGAUAUCAUCAGGUCACAAAAUGCUAUCGCUCAUGGCAAUGCUAACCGGCGACAAGGUGAAUUUAAUCGGCAGCAUAGUGAAGCUAUUCGAAGACGCGGCAAGGAUAGUCGACAACGUGAUGAAACCGAUAGAGAUCGUGCAGCACCUAACCAACCCAUUGCACAGAAUGUUCGUGUUAGUAUAGGCGAAGAUCGUCGUCAAUUAAACGUCAAUAUGAAGGCUGUCAAAAAGAACAUUAAUCAGGCUAUCAGACCACUAGUUCCAUCUACUACCGUACCAGAAUUAUUAGGUAACCGAGCCAGGGAUGAUAGUGGAAAGCAGGAGGAUGAGAAUGACUCGUUCGGUGAAAAUGGCCUUGUGAGCGAUAAGUCUCUCGAUAACAUUGUAGAAGACAGCCACUUCGAAGAUGAAGAUAGUGAAUACCUCUAUGACAGCCUUAGUGGAGACGAAAGGAGCAAACCCCGAGAUCAUUGGGAGAGAGAUCAAUAUGAUGAUGGUGAUGAUGAUGAUGAAGAUGAUGGCAAUCCUUAUUAUGAUCAUCACCUUGCCAGGCCUACGGAGCGGAUUCCUUUGCAAUACUUCAAGGGUCGCCGCGAUAGACGGAGGCAUUCCCAUGCACAAUCUGAGACGUCGUCAUCUGCAGCGGAAGAGCCGACAUCCCGAAGACGGAUGGAUCGAAGAGCUCUAAGCGAUGAAAAUACAAAGAUCCACAAAGCGCUUCCGUAUCUCCCAGCAACUCACAGAGCCCCAUUAACGCAGACGCAGGGCUUUAGUUCUUUAGAAUAUAUCCCACCAGUUCCUCCCAAGGAUAUCCCCUCAAUGACUCGCCGUGAACAAUCAAAAUCACAACCACAGUUGGGGUUGCAAUCACAGUUGAAACAUCCUCAACAAUUAUCCCCGAGACGCCCUCUGCCUAGACAUCGACGACAGCAAUAUGAGUUACAUCCACUUGAGCGCCAAAUUGUUCAAGCACCCUCACAGCGCGGCGGUCUGGCAGCGAAGAUCGCACAGAGUAUGCAGAAACUCGAAGAGAAUGUAGAAAAAGAUUUAUCUUCAGCUUUGAGGAAAUACAAUUGGACGAAGACCGCACAUGUCGUUGCUUUGCCAUCAUCUAAAUCAAGUUCAAAUCUAUCAGCAUCUGCACUUGCAUCUACUCCAUCCUCCAGAUCUACUACCGACUUGAGCCUUGAAAGUCGGAAGAAGGAUAUUGAAGAAAGAGGACAUGAAGGAAUAGGAGAAAUAGAAGGAAAAGAAGGCGGCGGUGGCGAAGGUGCAAUCGCUGGAGAUGAUAGCGCAGAGAAGGAAAAAAAAUAUAUUCCGCCCAAGACAGCUCUCUACGAUGAUAAAGAUGGAAUUGAUACCCGGAUAGUCCACAAACCAGAAAGUAAUAAAUAA